CGAACAGUAUGCGCGUCUCUCAGCGCGCAGAUCUGGUGUCCGGAUAAACAAUUAUUGUGUGGCUAUCGCAUUAUAUAGUUCACUGCCGGUCAAAGUGUCAUAUCCAGUAGCAGGUUAACCGAAGAUGGAAGUACGAACGGAAUUAAUCCUCGAACUUCGUGCGGAAUUUUUUAAAAAAUUAGAUGAUGAGGGACCACCAGACCCUAAGUUUCAUCCGAAUGAUAUUGCCAGAAUAAAAGAGAAUAACAGCUGGUUAAAAAGAUUCUUAGAGCAUAAUGAAAAUAAUGUACAAGAAUCACUUAAUAUGUUAUGGGAGACUUGUAUUUGGAGAAGUAAAUUUGGCACAAAUGAGAUUACAGAAGAGAUUGUAAACAAAGAUUAUUUAGAAAAUGGAUUGUGUUUUAUUUAUGGUAAAGAUAAAGAUGGUAAAACAAUGUUUGUCAUUAGAUGUAAAAUGCAUACUAAGGGAAGUAAAGAUUUUACCCAAUUACAAAAACUUGUUGUCUAUUGGUUUGAAAGAUUGGAAAGACAAACUAAUGGCAAUCAAAUUUCACUUUUCUUUGACAUGUCAGACACUGGUAUCUUAAAUAUGGAUAUGGAGUUUACUAAAUACCUGAUUGGUCUUUGUAAAAAUUACUAUCCUAAUUUUUUAAACUAUAUUAUCAUAUUUGAAAUGCCAUGGAUAUUAAACACUGCAUUUAGAAUUAUAAAAUCUUGGCUGCCACCUAAAGCAAUUCCAAAAAUUAAAUUUGUGAAUAAAAGCAACAUUCAUGAAUUUGUAGAUCCCAAUGAUGCACUUACAUGUUGGGGUGGUACUAAUGAUUAUGUUUUUAAAUUUGUAUCAGAAGCACAAAAUAAUACAGAUACUACAAUGAAUGGCAAAAUUGAUAGCAAAAAGGUACAUUUUGCAGAGGGUUCUCCAAUAACAGAAACAUCCCCAACUACUUUUGGGGAACAAAUAACUGAAGAACAGUUGUUAUUUAUUGAAUCAGAUACAAUUAUAUUUAAUAAAACGGCAACUGAAACUUUUGGAUUAAUUGCACUUAAAAAUGUAACUACUGAUAAGGCCUUAUCUUACAAGGUGAAAACAACUUCACCGGGAAAGUUCAGAGUACGACCAAGUUCAGGAGUUCUAUCACCUCAAGAACGACGUACGAUUUUGAUUAUUUUACAACCUGAGUAUAAUGUACGUGAUCUUUUACACAACGAUAGAUUUUUAGUAAUGUGCCUUCCACUAAAAGAUCCGAUCGCAUCCGGUCAAGAAUUGGCGGCUCUUUGGAAGUCUGAAGUAUGUGCAGAAGAACACAGACUAAGAUGUUCCAGUGGUGGAGCCGAAAAUAGUGAAAUACAAAAAUCACAUUCCUUACUAUCAUCUGGAAUGUCAGAAAAUGGACCAAUAGACACACUUUCUCGUAAAAUUGCACAUUUGAAAGUAAGUCAUACAAAGCUGCAUAGUGAUGUCGUCCUUCUGAAGUAUUUGAUAUUUAUUGCUAUAUUAAUAACAAUUGCAAUGGCCAUAAUAAUUGUUUAUAUGUUAAGAAUCGAUAUUAAAAAUUCUAUGAAACAACAGGCCUGUCACAUUCACCAGGGUAUAUAA